GUUCCCAAGAGCGAUGUGGACGCCACUUCGCCUGUGCCGCAGCGUGGGCCGCAAGCCGCGUCCUCGCCUACUCCCGGCAACGCACUGGCAACGGGACACGUACCCUCGCAGCGGGAGGCCCAGAGUGCAGAUCGGGGCGGUGCCGCUGCAGACGCCGCGGCGGCAAAGGAUGCGGCAUCUGUCCCUGCGACCCGCAGCAACAGCAGCAACAGCGGCGGGGGCGGUGGGGGCCUGCUGCAGAAGCGCAACGCCGAGGACGGCGCUGUGCGUGGGCGCCGAGUGGUGCCGCUGCUGCUUCUGUUGGGGCUGUGGGCCUUUGCGGCGUUGUGA